CUUCUCUCUACACGCCGCGCAUCGUCUAGCUGUUUCCCUCGCUCAUACAUACAUCGUCUCAAGAGAGGAUUAACUAGAUCAACUUGGACUGGACUGAACUGCCCUGUGGUCAAUGAGUUGUUCAUAAAGUGCUGAGAACUGAUUGUUCUCUCUGUGUCUGCGGGUGUGGUGGACUGUGGGACAAAUGCAAAGACAACAGUUGCCCUUAUACAUGGUUUCAGUAUUAUCCUAGUCUACUCGACACCAGCCAUCAUGAUCGAGAAAAAACUGGCCUCUUUUGGGAAGAUGCUGCUGAGGCGUCGCAUGCUGGACACCACGCAGGAUGAAAGUCGCUUCUCUCGCUGUCUCACCACUCUGGACCUCAUAGCUCUUGGUGUGGGGGCAACACUGGGCGCAGGUGUCUAUGUCCUGGCUGGGGAAGUGGCCAGAGAGAAGGCAGGACCAGCCAUUGUGCUUUCUUUUCUCAUUGCAGCCUUGUCUUCUGUCCUCGCUGGUUUGUGCUAUGCUGAAUUUGGAGCACGAGUUCCCAAAACAGGAUCUGCUUAUAUGUACAGUUACGUGACAGUGGGUGAAAUAUGGGCCUUCAUCACGGGAUGGAACCUCAUUCUGUCAUAUGUAAUAGGCACAGCUAGUGUGGCCAGAGCUUGGAGCUCAACUUUUGACAAUCUGGUGGAGAAAAAGAUCUCUAUUUUCUUCAAUGGCUCCAUGUCAAUUCCAGACACCGGAAAAGUAUUAGCUGAGUAUCCGGACAUAUUUGCCCUCAUCCUAGUCAUGUUGCUCACUGGAUUAUUGGCAUUUGGAGUGAGUGAGUCUGCACUUGUCAACAAGAUCUUUACAGGAGUCAACCUGGUGGUUCUGACAUUUGUCAUCAUUUCUGGCUUUGUGAAAGGCGAUGCUGCCAACUGGAAUCUCACUGCGAAGGACUACAUUAACAGCACCAACCACUUACAAACAGCACAAGAAAUUGAAAAAGGCUUCGGCUCAGGGGGCUUUGCACCAUUUGGCUUUAAUGGAAUACUUUCUGGCGCUGCCACUUGCUUUUAUGCAUUUGUGGGUUUUGACUGUAUUGCCACUACAAGCGAGGAGGCCAAAAACCCCAUGCGUUCCAUCCCCAUAGGCAUCGUAGCCUCUCUGCUUAUCUGUUUUUUUGCCUACUUUGGAGUUUCUGCAGCCCUCACCCUCAUGAUGCCCUAUUACAUGCUGGAUGUUCAAAGUCCGCUGCCCGAGGCCUUCAGCUAUGUGGGCUGGGGCCCUGCUCGCUAUAUUGUGGCUUUGGGCUCUCUAUGCGCUCUGUCCACCAGUUUAUUGGGCUCUAUGUUCCCUAUGCCUCGUGUGAUUUAUGCUAUGGCAGAGGACGGUUUGCUCUUCCGUUUCCUCUCCCGCAUGCACAAAAAAACCAAAACACCUGUCCUGGCCACCAUUGUGUCUGGCAUUGUAGCAGCUCUGAUGGCCUUCCUCUUUGAUCUCGCUGCCUUAGUGGAUUUGAUGUCGAUUGGGACACUGCUGGCAUACACUUUGGUUGCCGUGUGUGUGCUCAUUCUCCGAUACCAGCCAGGCAGACUUGGCUCCAGUGGUGCGGAUGAGAAGCCAGUGGAACUACAGUGGCUGGAGGCAAAGGGGGCCAUGGCAGAUGUGGAUAGCGGGGAUGAGUACGGCAAGGAGCUAGAGACAACACCCUUUAAAGAGAGGUUUUCCAUCCGAUUGCUGGUGCAACCAAGCUGUGAUGUACCUACCAAAAUUUCAGGCAUCAUUGUUUACUCGGUGACGGGCAUGAUCUCUGUGCUUUUCACUUUGCUGUGUGUGGUGCUGGCAGUGUACGGGGAGCAGGUGGGGAAGGGCUGCCCUUUUUGUAUUACUGUGGUUGUUGUCCUAUCUAUUCUCUCCUUCAUCUGCAUCUUCAUCAUCUGGAGACAGCCCCCGAGCAAGGAGAUCCUCACUUUCAAGGUGCCUUUGCUCCCCAUUCUGCCAUUGAUCAGUAUCUUUGUAAACAUUUACCUCAUGAUGCAAAUGGAUGGACCUACAUGGAUUCGUUUCGCAGUAUGGAUGGCUAUUGGUUUUCUUAUUUAUUUUGCAUAUGGAAUAAGGAACAGCUCUGAGGGUAAAAACAAUUCCCCCAAAAAAUGUGAGCCCAUUCUUCAAGGAAAGAGGCCAGUCUAUCUGACUGAAGAUGACAGCGAACUUGAGGGGGCCACACCCUAAGAGGAGGAACUGCAUUGGUAUGGCAGCCACGUUACAACCGUUUAUACUGCAAUUUCAUAUUGGCACCAUAUGUUUCUUCUGAAGUCUGUUUAGUAGGCAAACUGUAUAUUUCAUUUUAAGUGCUUGCCUUGUGUCAAUGCACAAUGGUACUGUAACAAUGUUACUGAUGUAUGUCUGAACUUCUCUUCAUAAUGAACAGUAUUUGGUCUAGUCCUACAUGGAUUUUUGUGUGGAAAAGUUUUGUUUUUCCAUUACCAGAUCAGAGGUGGGGCAGAAGAAAAACUACUAUAAUAAUAAUAAAACUUUAUUUUCUAUAGCGCCUUUAAAAUUUGCAUCUCAAAGUGCUUUACAAGAGAAAAAUACACUGAAAUACGAAAAAGAAAACAUGCAAUCAGAACAAUUGAAAAAGAAUACAGUAAUAAUCAUCACAGAAAAGCAACUCUAAAAAAGUGAGUUUUAAGAGAAGAUUUAAAAAUACUAAAAGAUUCAGCAUGUCUAACCUCAGAGGGAAGAGAGUUCCACAGUUUUGGAGCAAAAGAAGAGAAGGCCCUGUUACCCAUAGAACCCAUAAAAAAACAGAUUCGGAGGAGUGGAGAUCAGCCAUUGGAGUGUAGGGGGUUAAAAGUUCAGACAGGUAUUGAGGGGCCAAACCAUGCAAAGCCUUGCAGGUAAGCAUGAGAAUUUUAAAGUCUAAACGAAACUUGACAGGGAGCCAGUGCAAGAACUCCAAGAUAGGAGUGAUGUACUCUUGAAUAAGGUGUCUUUUCUGCCUGUUGGUGUCCUCUGGGCAUUUAAGGUGACUCCUUUUUCCCAUAGUGAAUUGGAAUAUGUCAUUCAAAAUCAUUUUUAUUGGACCAUAGAGAAUUGGGAUAGUGUAAUGUAUUUAUUGAAAUAACGUACUUUUUGUUUUGAACUCAAAACAUCCUUGUACUUGAUUUUAUAAAGUUGAUAUGAUGGACAAAGUGACAAAUGGAAAAUAUUUAUAGAGCUGCAAUGGAUUUUAUAAGUAGUUUUCUGUGUAAAAUUAUAUUCUUGUAUAUUGUGUAUAUAUUUGGAUAUAUUUAUGUACUGGUAUGGGGAAAUAUUUUGUUUAGGUCGAUGUAAUAUGUCUUCUAUGAUAAAACAUUUUUAGCAUAGAAAUUUUCUCUAACCAGCUGUACUUAUUUGAGAUGUUAUGGUAAAAUAGGAAAUUAUCUGUCUUAAAUGUGCUUGAAUGUAAAAUCAAACAUUAUCUAAAGGGAUUUUUAUAUUUAUAAAUUGGGUGGUGAACAAAGUUACAUUUUUCAUUUAAAGCAUCAGUAUCUAAGCCAAGGGCUCUUAUUUUUUAUGCAACAUUUUUCAUUCCAUAGUAGUUAUCUUAAGAUAACAGUUUAUGCUGCUUUAAUAAUGUUUUUUGUAAAAACAUUGCUUUAUAAAUGCUUUUCUUUAAGGGAAAAAGAAUAUUUGUAGGAACUUUCUGUGACGUCUUUAGUAGCUUAUGUGUUUUCUGCCAGUAUGUGGUAUUUUUUACUGACAUGAGCAUUGAACCAGAAGGAUGUAUGGCUCUUAACAACACUACAGAGUUGUUUGUGCAGUAUAUCUUACAAAAGUCAUUACAAUUUGCUGUAAGCUUGUGACUCAUUGACAGCAUUACUCUGUUUUACAGCUAACGUUUACACAAAGAUGCUGUGUUAUCAAGCUGGAGCCAUUUCUUCUAGUGUGCUAAAAAUUAUAUCUGUUACAAAGCUGAGUUAUGAUGAGUCUGACACAAGUAGAAUUCACUUUGAGCAGAUGCGGCCUUCUGACCUUAUUAUACAUCCACUUAGAGGAAUAACAUUGCCUUGGAAGUUGUUUACAUGGCUCACUGCUGUGACUAGCCUAGCCUAGCUAUUGCUGUGAGUUAUUACUUUGUAUUGUAAUGGAACAGACAACACUGUUUACUGUAUUGUAAGACUAAUUGUUACAUUUUCAUGGACAUAUUUUCCUUUGUAUAUAGCCUUCUUGAUGUGCCUUUAUUAUUUGCAACGUUGUUAACAAUAAAAAUAUAAAGAAUA